AUGGGAAUGGCGGGAAUGGGACGAAUGUCAACGGCAGCGACAAGUGAAAGAGGCCUGCAUGGGGGGGAGCCGGAGGUCGCGGCGGCAGAUCAAGACUUACUCACCGCGUUGAACCGCGGAUUAAACCGCGGGAUGAGCCACGAACCUCCUGUGGGUGCGCGUGCUGGUGUGGGCAUGGGUGGCUCUGCCUCUGCCCUUGCUGGUGCAGGCAUGGACUCUGCCUCUGCGCGUACAGGCCGCACUGCUGUGUUUCGACCAGCUGAGAUGCUCGAGGGGCGCGGGGGGCACGGGGGGCACGGGGGGCGCGGGGGGCAUGGGGGACAUGCGGGAGGCGAGUGGCGCGAGGGGAGGGAUGGGCGCGACGGGCGCGGGCGCAGCGUUGGCGCAAGAGAUGCGUCGUACGGCGGCGGGGCGAGUCACCAUGUGACCCCCCCGCAAGUCGUGGCACCGCCAGCUCUGAUACCACAAGUCAUGGCAUCACAAGUCAUGGCUCCACAGCUGGCACCGCAGGCACGUCAGGAGUCUGUGCCACGUCACCAGCCGUUUCAGGAACCCGCGCCACGUCAACAGCCGUUUCAGGAGCCUGUGCCACGUGAGCAGCCCCGUCAGCAGUCCGUGCCUCGUCAGCUGCCUCGGCGAGAGUGGUGGCUUGAUGCGAUAGGAGAAGGGGAGCUGAUUCAGGUCCCACGGGACAGUGCAACGGCCGACACCAGGGCGAGCGUUCAAGUGGGUACUCUUGAAACGGGCGCUGCUGCUGGUAUGGGGUACGAGAGCCUUCAAGGGCAGGCGGAAGGUGGCGAGAGAGUUCAAGUUGAAACGCUUGAUGAUUUCCAGAUUCGCAAUAACGAGUAUGGGAACAGUGCUGGCGUUGGCUUGCAGGGGUUGCAAGGGAGGCAGCAGGGGGAUGGGCAGAUGCGAGGGGGGAGAGAUGAGGUGACGCCAGGUUCAGAGCUGAUGGACGGUGCUGAUGAGGCCAUGGACGGUGCUGACGUGGACAUGGACAGUGCUGAUGUGGACAUGGAUGCCACUGACGUGGACGUAAACGAGCUUGUUCUGCCCGGUGAAGAGGCCAAUGAAGCUGCUGGUGCCGCCUUCCACCCCGCUGCUGCCACCUCUGUUGCUUCCCCUGCAUAUGCCUCUGCUGCGGCUUCUGCCAGUGCUGUUGCUUCUGCCACUGCUGCCGCCGCUGCUGCUGCUGCUGCCAGUGCUGCUGCUGCUGCUGCUGCUGCUGCCGGCUCUGUGGGUGCGCGAUGGCAGCGAGUGAACUGGGUUGGCAACAGGCACACGGCACUUCCACACCCGCCACUGCAGCAGCAGCAGGUGCGGCAGCAACAGCAGCAGCAGCAGCAGCAGCAGCAGCAGCAGCAGCAGCAGCAGCAGCAGCAGCAGCAGCAGCAGCAGCAGCAGCAGCAGCAGCAGCAGCAGCAGCAGCAGCAGCAGCAGCAGCAGCAGCAGCAGCAGCAGCAGCAGCAGCAGCAGCCGCAACAGCAACAGCAGCGGCAGCAGCAGCAGUUCCAACAGCCACCGCCGCAGCAGCAGCAACAGCAGCGGCAGCAGCAGCGGCAGGGGCAGCAGCAGCGGCGGCAACGGCGGGGGCAGCAGCAGCAGCAGCAGCAACAGGUUCAGCAGCAGCAGCAGGAGCAGCAAGCCUCAAUAGUAGCCCCUGCCAUUCAAGGUUCCGCAGCAACACCUUCCACGCUCCUUCCUGGGCGGGAACCUUCCGUGCAACUUCCGACAGAGGAACCUUCCGCUCACCUUCCAAGCCGUGAGCCCGCCAGGCCGUAUUCCAUGCCCGAAGCAUCUCCCCAUCCUCCCGCCCAGAUGCCCACCCUCCCCCCUGCACCAAUGACUGUUGAAUCGACUCGUGAGUCUGCGUAUCCUCCUGCUGCUGACGCCCAUGCCCUCCUGCCGGACAUGGCUAGGGACAUGGGUGUGGGCAUUAGUAGGGGCAUGGAUGGGGAUAUGGGUGCAGACUUGGGUAGGGGCAUGGGUGGGGGCAUGGGAGGCAUGAGUAGGGGCAUGGGUGGGGGCAUGAGUAGGGGCAUGGGUGGGGACAUGGGUGGGGGCAUGAGUAGGGGCAUGGGUGGGGACAUGGAUGGGGACAUGGGCAGAGGCGUGGUUAGUGGUAUGGAUAGGGGCAGGGGCAGAGGCAUGAGUGGGGGCUUGGCAAGGGGCAUGCCAGGGGACUGGGGUGGGACCGUGGGUGGGGGUAGGGGCGGGGAAAUGGGUAUGGGCGUGGCAGGAGCAGUGGCAGCGGCAGCAGCAGGAGGAGGAGGGGCAGCGGCAGCAGGAGAAGGGCUGGACGGAGGGGUGGAUUGGGAGAUAGAGAUGGGGGCCAUGCCUAUGGAUGGGGGGGAUGAUGAUGGUGAUGAUGGUGAGCCGUGGACAACAGAGGGACUGGGGGAGGCGGGAGGGGCGGCGGGAGAAGGAGGCGUUGCAGUGAGAUCAGCAGCAGCAGCAGCAGCAGCAGCAGCAGCAGCAGGAGGAGCGGAUGGGGUGGGAGGAAUGGAACUGGCAGCAGCAGGCGCGCAAGGUGAAGCAGCAGCGGGAGGGGGGGCAGCAGCAGCAGGGGGGGGGGAAGGCGGGGUGGAGGACGAGGGGGAAUGGCGGCCUAUUCGGUUGCGGAAGGGGCGGCCGAAGAGGCAGAACAAGCUGGAUGUGCCCACCAAGCGGGAGAUGUGCGCCCUCAAACGGUUGCGCCCGGGCCUCACCCACGCCAACAUCAUUCAGCUGCUGCAGGUGAGAUGGUGGGAGUGGUGUCUAGCAGGGAAGGGCGAGGCAGAGCAAGCUGGACGUGCCGACGAAAAGGGAGAUGUGCGCCCUCAAGCGCUUGCGCCUGGGGUGAGAGCGGUGCUCUGCAGUGAGAGCGGUGCUCUGCAGAUUCGCUUCCCUGGGCUGCGAAUGGAGUCGUCACACGUGACCAAGAUAAUAAAGGACGAGAGCCGGUGGUUUGACGAGCGGAAUGUGAGGUUUGUGCACAACAUGCGCGUGCGCAUGCCCGACUGUUACGCGCUCGAGGAGGCCCUGGCCGCGUGGUACAAGGAGGAGCGCGUGCACGGCCGCAUUCCGCUCUCUAGAGUCUCUGGCAAGGCCCGGGAGCUUGGCCCCUUGCAUGGCGCCCCGGCGGAUUUCAACAUGUGUCUCGCAUGUGUCUCGCAUGUGUCUCCCAUGUGUCUCACAUGUGACUCGCAUGUGACUCGCAUGUACAGCACCGGAUGGGUGAUGCGGUUUCAAGAGCGGUGGGGGUAUUCAAGAAAGCAUCUGGAAGCGGCGAGGGAGGCACACUUUCAGGAGGAGGAGGAAGGCGAGGGGGAGGAGGGGGAGGGCGGGGGUGCUGCUGCUGCUGAGGGGGAGAAUCCUGGCCCUUCACUUCUAGAGCUUGCAGAUCGGAUGUUUGGUCCGGAGAUUAGGGAGGCUGGGCGGGGAGGUAGGGGGCGGAGGAGGAGGAGGAGGCAGAGGGAGUGGACUGCGGAUGGACGGGAGGUGAUUGAUUUGGAGAGUGAGGGGGAAGAUGAGGGUGGGGAAGGGAGUGGGGAGGACGGGGAUGAGGAGGGGGAGGACGGGGAUGAGGAGGGGGAGGAGAGAGAGGAGGAGAGGGAGGAGGAGAGGGAUGGUGGUGAGGGUGGAGGGGAGGAAAUGGGACAGGUGGUGGAAACACAGGAGGGAAGAGAAGUGCAUGGGGAAAGUGGGGUGCGAGAGGAAGGAGCGGUGCAUGAGGGGGGGAUAGGCCCACACACUCCCGCUCCUCAAACCACCACCCUGGCAGACCGCUCCCCCCGCCCCACCCUUGCGGAAUUGGCUCUAGCAGAGGCGAUUGCAGAUGGCACGAUAUCAGAUGAAGGCGGGUCCCUCCGUGUGAGAGGUGACCUGGCAUCCCUUGCUCUGGCUGAAGCCACAGGAGCCCUGCCUGCUGCUGCCAUUGCUGCUGCUGGGGAUAUUCUAAAGCCGAAAUACCCAGAAUUUGAGAGGGUACUCGCGGAGUGGGUGAGAGAAAUGAAGGGUAAGUACGGGGAAGAUGUCCUAGUGUAUGAGGAUGUGAAGGGGUAUGCGAAGCAGCUAGGGGCACGCAUGGGCGUGCGGAAAACCUUUACUUACAGCCAUGGUUGGGUGGCUAGGUUUUUGCGUCGGCAGGGGUUGAACCUGAAGAGUAUCAGGAGGGAUGUGGCGAAGAGGGGAGAGUCUGGGGCGGGUGGGGGCGGGGGUGGGGAAGGCGGGGAAGGGAGGGAAGGGGGGGAAGGGCAGGGGGAAGGGGAGGGGGAAGGGGAUGAGUUAGGGACGGAUGGAGAGAGGGGAGGUGUGACUACAGACGAUGGUGCCAGUACUGAUGGGGGCGGUGAGGGAGAGGGGGAAGACGGCAGAGGGGUGGGAGGGGGGAGGGGGGAGGAAAGGGGGGACGAGGAGGGAAGAGAGGAAGGAGGGGAGACAGCAGGAGGGGAGGCAGCAGGAGGGGAGGCAGCAGCAGGAGCGGAGGCAGCAGCAGGAGGGGGUGCAGCAGCAGGGGAUGCAGCAACAACAGAAAAGGCAGCAGAGAAGGCAGCAGCAGCGAGGGAAGCAGACGAGCUAGCAGGGAGGAUCAUGGCUCUUAUAGAGAAGAUCAAGGCGGGCGAGGAGGUGAGAGCGCUGCAGGCUGAAAGGCUCGCCUCCCGCAGAGGAGGAGGCAGGAUUCGAGGCAGGAGGCCGGGGUACCUUGGUCACACCACCACCACCGCCGCCACCGCCACCGCCGCCACUGCAACAAACAACAACGACGGUACUAACGGCGGUGGUAACACCACUAGUGUCAAGCAACGCACGCAGGUGCCGCUGCCGCUGAAGCUCGCCGCGUGUGCUGUCUACCGCGCCCGCCCCGACCUACCCCACGUGAUCGUCCACCAGACCCUGCAGAAGCGGUACAAUGUGAAGCUAGAGCGGUUGAAAGCGGCCAAUAUGCUGAGCAUGGAGGGGGUGAUGAGGGAGACGAUGCAGCGGGGCAUGGUGCGGGCGCGGAAGGGCAGGGAGGUGCAGCUGGAGGAGGCUCUUGCUAUGGCCGUGAGGGAGGCUGCUGAGAGGGUGGGCGGGGAGAAGGGUGGGGAGGGAGCGGGAGAGGGUGGAGCGGCACGGGAUGGAGAUGGAGGGGGAGAAGGGGCGGUAGCAGGAGGAGGAGUGGGGGGAACAGGAGGAGGAGCGGGAGGAGAGGGAGCAGGGGCAGCAGGAGGGGGGGGAGGAGGAGCGGGGGGAGCAGAAGGCGAAGCCACAGCAGCAGUAGCAGCAACAACGCCCCCUGCCCCGCUAAUGACGGUCCCCCAGAUUCUGGCAUACGCGAAGCGCCUGGGCCCGCUGGUGGGCGUGUCCCCCUCGUUCCGCUACAGCACCGGCUGGCUGCGGUGCUUCCUGGAUCGCCACCAGCUUCAAGCAUUCGUUGCUGGGAAAGCCGCGCGGAAAGGGGUUGCGGCGGGAGGAGGAGGAGUGGGAGGAGGAGGACCGGGGGCAGGAACGGGUGGAGGAACGGGGGGAGGAACGGGGGGGGGAACGGGGGAAGGAACGGGGGGAGGAGCGGUGGGAGAAGUGGGAGGUGGGAGGGGAGGCGAGGGGGAGUGCGAACCAGAGGGGUUGAGAGGGAUUCUGGAUGAGACGUUUCAUGUGAGGCAGGAGGAGGUGGAUGCACUCGUGAGAAUGGCUGACCGGCUGUGGCGGAGGACAAUGCGCAUGAAACGGGGGCAGAAGGGCGGAGAGGAGGUCGAGGAGUCUGAGGAAGAUGAGGGGGAAGGGCAGAUGGGGAGGGGAAGGAGCGGGAGAGGGCGGGGUGGGGAUGGGGAUUGGGGGGAGGAUGGAGGGGAUGCGGGUGGUGAUUGUGAUGACUCUGGUAGUGAUGGUGGUGGUGGUGGUGGUGGUGGUGGUGGUGGUGGUGUUUGGGGAAUGGCAGAGCGAAGCACUUGCUUUCCCCUCCCUGACUCAGGGGCCUCGAGUGGGGACGAGCAGGCAGGGGGGCAUGGGGCGAGAGUCUCUCGUUUCCAGCAUCUUCAUUCCCUCUCAAAUCUGCCUGGGGCGCGGGUGGUGCCGCCGUCGCUUGCUUCUCUUGCGCCUGGUGGAGCAGGCACGAGGUGGGGAUCAACAGCAGCAGCACUCGUGCCAGCCCUUGUGACCACAGCAGAGGGGAUCCUGUCAGAAUUAGCAGAUGUGCGCGUGGGGUCUCUGUCAGAAGCGCACCCGUCUCUGCUCUCCUCCUGGUCCCGUCUCUCUGCUGCCUCUCCUGCUAGCACUGCCGGUGCUGCUGGUAUGACUGGUUCUGCUGGUGCUGCUACUGGUGGGGGUGUAGGCGCUGCUGUUGGGGUUAUAGACGGGUUAGGGGGCAUGCUUGGCGGGAUGACUGGGGGGAGUGAGGUGGAGCUGAGAAUGGCCCGGCGGCGCCGAGACAUGCUGUCCUCUGAUGCUUUCUAUAAACGCUGGCAAGAGCAUGCUAGAGUGCGCCGAGAAGCGGGUGAGAAAGCGAGGGAGAGAGGAGGUGGUGAGGGAGGAAAGGGGGAGAGAGGUAUGGGAGAGGGAGGGGGGACGGGAGAGGGAGGAGGAAGGGCGGUCGGAGUGGUGGGAGGGGCGGGAGGUGCAGGAGGAGGGGGCGGAGAGGGGAAGAGUGGGGAGGGGGCGUGGGAGGAGGACGAGGGGUGGGAAUGGUGGAGGAGGUCUGGUGUGGUGGGGGUGCGGCAGAUGGUAGGUGCGUGGGAUAGGCUCUUGGCUGUGCGUGCUGUGUGUGUGGAAAGGGAGGGUGGUGCUGGUAGGGGUAGUAGUGGUAGGGGUAGUGGCGGUGGGGAAGGGGGAGGUGGUGGUGGGAGAGUGGGAAUAGGGGGGGCUGGGGUAGGUGGGGGAAGAGGGAGAGGUGGUGGGAGAGGGGCAGGAGGGGGGAGAGGGAGGGAAGCGGUUGUGCGGUGGGGGGCUGGGUUGCAGGUGAAGCAGGAGUGGGAUGAGGUGGACGAGGAUGGCAGUAUGGAGGAUUGGGAGGAGAAGCCAGCAGUGGGGAGGCAGGGGGAAGGGCUGGGGCAAGGGCGGGUGAAUACAAGGGGGGCUGGGGUACGGGUUGGAACACGGGGGUCUGUGGGGCGGAUGGGUAGAGGGGGCACUGGAGGAAGGGGCACUGGAGGAAGGGGCAGGAAGAGGCGCAGGGGUGAGGAGCAGGGCGGGCCGAUAGCGGCUGCAAAACGCGGGGGGAAAGGGGGCUUUGGGGUAAGAGGUGGUGGGCGAGGAGGGGGGACGGGACGGGGGAGAGGUGGGUUUUCAGGGGUGAGAGGAGUUGGAGGAGCCAUGCUUGCAGGACGAGGUGGGUUGGCAGGAAGGGGCGGGGCAGCAGGACUAGGUGGGGUGGCAGGAAGAGGAUGGGCGGCAGGACUAAGUGGGGCGGCAGGAAGGGGCUGGGCGGCAGGAAGAGGUGGGGCGGCAGGCAGAGGUGGGGGGUCAGGUUCACCGCCGGGUCCCACUGGGCAGCCGUCGUCCUUUGCAGCACUGCUGUCUCAGCUCCUCUCCUCCACUGGCCCCCCUCCUGGCACACUCACCCCUUCCGCUGCAGCCAACAUCAGCAAUCCCCUCAACCCUCACACUGCUCAGGGAUUUAGGGUUGGAGGGUUUGGGGGGGCUGAAGGUGCUGCUGCUGUUGCUAAUGCUGCUGUUGCAAAUGCGUCUGCGGCUGCAGCUGCUGCUGCUAGAAUGCCAUCCGCUACAAUCACCACCACUACUGUCACUCCUGAAGGGUUCACCACCACCACAAUUGUCCCCAAUAGGUAG